AUGAUCUUUCACACGGAACGGAACCAGUCCGACUCUGAAAUAGAAGGUAAAAAGCCUGUAAAAGAAAAGGCUCAUGGGAAAUCUGCCCAACGCGAGUUGUCAGUCCCUUUAAUCGAGGACUCGAACCAAAAUUCUUUUGAGGUACCGUCAAAGAACGGUGACAGUGACGCCAAACUAAUUUAUAGCGUAUCCAAUGCUCAUGUCAACAGUAGAGGUGUCUCCGGCUCCCUCUAUAAGAUCAACAUCUCCCGUGGCAUGACAUGCAAUGUGUACGAGGUGGACGCUCGCUGGGCAUGGGUCUCUACAGAAGCAGUGCGUGCUGAAGGGUCACACGGAGUCAAAUUGGCAGUCAAGAGACUGUCACGAAAGAUAACACCAAAACAAUUUCUCCAGGAAUACGAUACUCUAAGAGCUGUAACGGAGGCUCGCCAUCGAAAUAUUGUUGAGUUCCUGAAUGCCUUCAGAUAUGCAGACAGGAAGAACACCGUCUACUAUAAUUUUUCAUUCCCUCUUGCCGCAGGCAAUCUGAAGCAGCUGUUUCGCUCCACUUCAGCGCACAUGAUACAAGGAACUGACCAUUUUGAGACCGAGCCGGUUCUCCACCGCUUCCCAGAAGGUUUCUACUCGACAGCUUUGAAGAGCUUUUGGUCAGAAUUCGAAGGCCUUGCAAGCGCUUUGGCUUAUCUUCACGAUCCAUCGAACAUACUCCUCUAUGAGGGGAGUGGAGUCCCACCCAUCAUUGUCAAGCUUACAGACUUUGGCCUCGCGGUCGCUCUUCAAACCAAACUGUCCUGGCGUCUUGGAACACAAGAAGCUCAGUCUGCGUGGCAAUACGAUGCACCGGAGAUUCGUGAAGAUCAAAGUUCGUUCUGGAAGACAUAUGCUUCUCGUAAAACUCUCCAACCGACUUCUGAAGAGCUUAAGAGUGGCGAUGUCUGGAAGUUGGGCUCCGUUUUCAUAGAACUACUGAGUUUUCUAGUCAAAGGCGACACAGGUGUUCUGCAAUUUCGCAAGUUCAUCACCACCACCCAUAAUGAGCUAACCUCUGAUGACAUCAGCGACACACGUUUUGAUGAUGGCAAGAAGGCGAAAGACGAGGUGUUGGAGUGGCUGUCCUACCUAGCGACGAUAGACGUUCGGGUACAGGAAAUGGAGGCUUCAUUGCGAUCAAUGGUUGAUAUAGCCUUUGCCUCUAUUUUGAUGGCACGAGGCAUCUUCGAAUCACACCAUCUCGAUUCGUUCGUUCUCCAAGCGCUAUUGACCAGUGCUAGGAGGUGGUCGAGAAAUGGAUCGGCCACUGUUUGGAAUGGUGGCCAUUCAAAGAUGGGGACAGGUCGUGUCCUCAAGGCUAUUCAAGAAAUCUCAUGGGAGUGGUCUAGUGAAAGUCUAUACAUUGAUGUGCCAGACCCUGUGGCUCAAGCCUACAAAGAGACCAGUCAGCCUAUCUCUCAUAUUCGGCAGCCAGUCUCAUGUCCUCCUGCUCCCAGCUAUCCACCUCCCACCCACAAUUCAAAACAGAUAGCCGAUUCACAGUUUGGAAUGAUUCUGAGGCCUCUCAGGAAUAAUCAGACGCUGCAUCAACUCCGUUCAAGCUCUCCCAACCGAGGCAGGCUUGGAAAUAUAUCUGCUGGCUCUUCAGCUUCCACAGGCGCCCUCCAAUCACAAAACAUAUCCAGGGAAAUAUAUUGGUGUGUAGACAAAGCGUGGUCAGAGCCUCGAAUCACGAAGCUUUGCUCUGUGCAGGAGCUCCACCAGAUACUCGACGACAAAUCGUUGUGCGAACAGUUGAUGAAAGAGUACAACCGAGUUCGCACAUGGAAGGGAAGGCUUCUCUCGUGGAAAAGCUGUCUUGGUGUUGAGUUCAUCAAAUUCUCCAGGCCUUACCCUGGCCAGGAUGACGUCGUCAAGAUACAAAUAGGCUUGCCUCCCUCUGAUCCCUUGGCGUACGAAUAUACUCUUUGGAAACCAGAGGAGGUCCACAUGAAGAUUGCGGCGACGCAGCUCAUUGCGAGUAUUUAUCAUCCUGAAAAGGCAAGCGGUAUCAGCACCACGCUGAAAAUGAUUCCCAAAAGGAUCACGGCCCAAUCCGGCUCGAGCGCAAGCUCGGAAGACUGGGGCAUGCAUGCACUCCAGCGAUUUUCCCUCUGGAAGAUCAUGACCUGGAUCGCAUUAUUGACCAUCCUCGGCCUUGUCUUUGUCGUGUUCUGGUUAGUAUAUAUCGAUAAGACCGAUUUGCAACACGCAUUUAUGCCCUAUACAUUCCUGGCAACUAUGGUGUUGAUUGGCCUUGGCGUUCCGCAAUUUUUGGAGGUCGACUGA